CCCACGUCCAUUAUACACACGGCGCCGUCGCAUCACUCAAAGAAUUUUCGUUCUGUCGUUUAUCACGUGUCUGUUAGUAAUCCUGUAAUGACAUGCAAAAAAAGUGAAUAAUUUCGCGUGUGGUAUACAAUUUAAAUAGAUGGGAUAUGCUGUUAUUUUGUCCAACCUGUGGAAAUAUUCUACAUGUCGAAUCGGGAGUGGCGAAUUACCGAUUUGCGUGCAAUACCUGCCCUUACAUUUUUAAUAUAUCGCAAAGAAUAACAAGUCGGACUUAUCCAAAGCUCAAGGAAGUAGACGACGUUUUAGGUGGCAGCGCUGCGUGGGAAAACGUCGAUGCGACAGAUGAACGCUGCCCUAAAUGCUCGCAUUCUCGGGCCUACUUCAUGCAGAUACAGACAAGAUCUGCCGACGAGCCAAUGACCACAUUUUACAGAUGCUGCAAUCCACAGUGUAGUCACAAUUGGCGAGAUUAA